GACCAUCCAUCUAUUGGGAUAUAACAUCGAUGACGAUCAGUUAAAAAACAACAUGGUCCACAAAACUCUUAUCUCCCUUCUUACUUUUUACCACUGAAUUUAGCAAAUGAAGCAACAUAGACAUAGAAGCCACAAAUUCAAUGUGUAGAAUCAUUCAGUUGGUCUUAGAUUUUAAUCAAUCCAUCUAUGGUAUGACCAUCCAGAUGACCGUCCAAGAUUAUCUACUAUCUCACCGACCACGUGUACGAUGCAGACUGCUCGCUAUAAUAUUAAAAUGUAACCGUUUCUAUCAUACCAGUUCCCGUGAUUUUCUCGAGGGUUUUCCCUCUCACCAGUAAUAAAAUGGAAAACCAUGCAACGUUGGCUACGGCAAUUACCAGACAUUUUCCUACAACGAAGGAGGUCUGUUCUGUUGGUUUUUUAAGAAGGAAAGAAAACAAGGUAUAAAAUCAUCACAUGGACAACCAUCUUCCCUUAGCUAUUCAUACCUUGAGGAAUUCAGGUCGAGCUCCACCAAGAGAACCAUCUACGCCAUCCUCUCAUCUCAUCAGUUCCAUGCUAGUUUGCAGCAAUGGUAUUCAAUAAAGAGAUUAGAACUGCUUACUUCUUUUGCUUUCUUCUCUGCGUAGCACAGGCCGAUAUCUUUAGCAUUUUUGAUCCAAAAAAUUGGGAGAGCAAAUCCUCAAGCACGUCAACCGCUCCAAAGGAUAGCCUCGCAGCGGCAGGCUCGACACCUGCAACUCCAAAUGCCGCACUGUCCACUCCAAAACCUAGCACUACACCUGGAGCUCCUAUUACUGGCCCUGGAGCUUUUGACGUGACCAAGCAUGGAGCGGUGGGAGAUGGGAAGACGGAGAAUAGCAAGGCUUUCUUAGCUGCAUGGCAAGCUGCAUGUUCCUACUCCGGAAAAUCAACCUUUGUUGUUCCUGAAGGGGAUUUCUUACUGGGGCCCAUCGCGUUCAUGGGCCCAUGCGGUAAUGGUUCUCCUGCGGUUGUGAUUGCAGGGACGUUGAAGGCUGUCCCAGACCGCCAAGCAUUCCCUGAAGAUUACUGGAUUUUAUUUAGGGGCAUGACGGGGUUGGAUGUGAGUGGAGGUGGAACCCUCGACGGCCAGGGAGCUGAAACUUGGAAGGGCACUGAUUGCCCCAAGAAUAGAAAAUGCAAUAUGCCCCCCUCUUCUCUUAAACUCGUAGUCAUUGACUCGAAGAUCCACGAUAUUAAUUUGAUAAAUGCCAAGGGCUUCCACGUUAGCUUCUUGAAAUCUCAAAACGUUCACAUGUACAACAUGCACAUUACUGCCCCUGAAGACAGCCCUAACACAGACGGCAUCCACCUCAGUAGAUCCAACAGCAUCAACAUUACUGAUUCCACCAUAGGCGUAGGCGAUGACUGUGUAUCAAUUGGAACUGGCAAUGAUGGCAUUUACGUCUCCAACGUCUUCUGUGGACCGGGCCAUGGAAUUAGUGUGGGCAGCCUUGGCAAGCGUCCGAAUGAGGAGAAUGUGGCGAACAUACAUGUGAAGAACUGCACUCUUACAGGCACCGACAAUGGUGUAAGGAUCAAGACGUGGCCCGCAUCACCCGUCCUCCAAGCUAAAAAUUUCACAUUCGAGGACAUCACGAUGAACAAUGCUCGAUUCCCUAUCAUCAUAGAUCAAAAGUACUGUCCAAGCAAACAUUGCUCAGAUGAGCCCUCAAAUGUAAAGGUCAGCAACAUUAUCUACAAGAACAUCAGAGGGACUUCUACCACCAAGCUUGCAGUCAAUCUGGAUUGCAGUCAGAAAAACCCGUGUGAAAACAUACAGCUUGACAAUAUCGAUCUGACCUAUCAAGACUCCUCCCAAGAGCUUGGAUCGUUGUGUUAUCAUGCGAAAGUGGCUACUACGGGCGUGCAGAAGCCACUUCCCUGCAUUCUCAAGCAAUGAGAGUAGCCAUGGAAGUUCAUUUGCAAUGAUUUCUUAUACCAGUUUCGGUCCGAACGACGUCUACUAACAUCUACUCUCUAUCAUAUGUGUGGUUUGCAUUAGGAUAUUCUGUAAUCGAAUUCCAUUGCUCCUGAAUCAGCAGGGCAAUGCAAUGAUGUCGUAAUAUCGGUCGAUUAUAGUUAGAGAAUUUCAUGUGUGACUGUUCACCUAUGCAUGCAUUUAUGUGAUGGACAAGCCGACCGAUGGUUGUGAUUAUUCAUCCAUUU